UCAUAUUUUCCAGAUCAUAUGACAUGUUGGUUAUGUCUCUCUCAUUGCUGCUUUCCGAUGUUUUUAUCUCUUUGGGUAUAUAUAUCAAUUGGUCUCGUGAGUACUUUGAUUAUACUUACUGGUCUUGCGAGUACUUUGAUUUUAUUUGUGGUCAUGUGAUUAUCAGAAGUGUAUGACGUCGUUCUCCCAGGUAGUUUGAGUAAAGGAACUGUUGUGCAGAACUGUGGUUGACGAAUGUUUUAUUUCUGCCACUUCUUUAUCUGCUUGCCUUGAAAAUGCAUUUCAUGCAUUUACUAUAGCUUUAAGAGGUAACUUUGCAAUGGCUGGAAUGAUUAUUUAUUAUUCAGUUUUGGUGCUAUUUAAUGAUUUAGCGCGCUGUCUUUGUGUUCCAAAAUGGCGGUCAAAACUUCUGAACUUCUAUUUAUAACAUGCAAGUAUUAAUAUCUAAAUCAUUGUUCACAGUAUCAGCAUCACGUGUGGCAGAUGUGUGGAGAGAAACUGUGCAGACCAGUGUCACUGUGUGUAUAAAGGAUUAAGAUCCCCUAGAUCUUGCCUGGAAUGUAUACAUCACCUUAACAGACAUCUGAAGAAAUAUAUACCAUAUGAACUGAUAGAAGAAGUGUUGUUAUACUUGUAUACUUUGUGAGUGUUUGAUAAUGACAAAGGGACAGAAGUACAACAGAUACAUGAAAGUUUUAUUUGAAUUUAUCUCAUAUUCGCAACAAAAUCAGCAUUUAAACCCAAUUCGGCAGCUGUGACAACUUCAUCGAAAAUUUCCACUACUAUUUUGGUCUUUCGAGUGUUUGACGCGAGUGGAGAUAUUGCCCAUAUGAAAAAUAACUCAGUAUUUCCUAGGAUCGUGUCAAAUUAGUUGGACCUGUCGUCUGCCAAAUGAAUAGCAAACUGCGUGGCUUGCAAAAUAGUCGUGUCAUUACCACCUUUAUGAAAACGUUUUAUAACUUCACUAAAUUCAGUUGCCAAGUUGCCAUGACCUAAUAUCUAGGAAAUCUGUAAAUAAUCAGGUUUUGAUAGACCUUCUCGCAGAAGCAUCUUUAAUUUGGUGUUAAUCUGAAUUACGAUAAUAACAUUAAGUAAAGUAUAUACGCAAUUUCUUAUAAUGAUAGGCCUGAAGAAGAACUUUAUUUGUAAUAUAUUGAUUAAAUUCUCGCCACAUGAAUCAGAGGUUGAGGACGAACGCCAUUAGAUUUGUUGCCUUCUUUUAACCAUCGCUGGAUACAAACAUGUGCUGAUGUUAGUGUAUUGUUCGAAUCUUGUAUAAUGUAGAAAUAUCUUACUGACACUGAUUUACAUAUGCUGAAAUUAAACACGAGGGUUUUCUAUGAUAGAAAAAAUGCGUUUUCAUUUCAGGUAAAAAGAAAAGUGCUUAAGAUGGUUCUGUAAACACAAAUUCCACAGAUUUAGGUCUACAUUUAAAAGCAUAUGGUCGAACAAAAUGUCUGUCAGUAACUUACUUUCUUGUGAGCCUUGCAGAUAUCGAGGUUUAACCUCGUCAGCUGUGAAGUACUGUAAAUCUUGUCAAGAGCAAUUAUGUAAAGACUGUGUAGAUUUUCAUAAAUCGUUCAAAGUAACACGAGAUCAUUUAUUGGUUAAUACGGAAGAUCAGAAUUUUCUUAAACUAUGCCUGAAUGUGGAAAACCUUCGAAUAUGUAAAGAACAUUUAAACAAGCAAACUGAGUUCUACUGUUUGACUCAUAAUGCAUUUCUGUGCAGUUUGUGUUUGCUUAAAUCUGAACAACACAGGAACUGUAUCAGUGAAAUUGUUGAAAUUGAAUGUGUUGGUAAAUCAUUAAUUGGCAGUAAAUUUACAGACACUGCUAGAGGAGAAUUUCGAAAUAUGAUUGUAAGUGCUCGUCACAUUGUUAAUGGAAUGACUGAAGCUAAGGACACAACAAGUAAGAGUGUCGAAGCCAUCAAAUCUGAAGCAGAUGCCCUUCGUCGUAAAGUUUUUGAAGUGCUUGAUGAACAAAUCCAGAAAAUUGUCAAAAAAGCAGCUACGGUUAAUAAGGAGAAUAAUGAUACGUAUGCAAAAACAAUUGAAAACCUGGAGAAAGUAAUUAAAGAGGCUGAGGACAAUGAAAAAAUAUCUGAAACCAUUUUACAGUCAGGAACACCAGCAGAUGUCUUCAGAUGCUUGAUUUCUGUCCUUCAACAAAUGGGGGAUUUUAAAAUUGAGACAGAUCAACUCAGUAAAGGUAACUACAAAAAAGAAAUUGUUACCAUGGUAAAAUCAGAUUUGAUGAAACAGUUAGAAACACAUGAAAAACCUUUAAUUGAUUUUCAUGUACGCUCGUCAAAGAUCACAUUCUGUCCUGCAUUUCCAAAUGGAGGUAUUAAGAACACAACUUACUGCAUUACUGAAUGAAAACCGACAAAGUGUAGUAACUGAAGAUGUAAAACAAAAAGGUAAAGUA